UCUCCGGCAGCCGCUGCCCCGGGAGAGGGACGGGACCCGGCUGGCUCUGAGGGCACCAUGGGGCACCCGCGGCCGCGGGGGCCGCAGCCUGGGAGGUUUGCGUGUCUCCCACCACCGGCACUGCUGCCCGCGGGACGAAACCAAGUAUGGGAACAGAGGUCACUUGUCACAGCCCUUGCCAAAAGGUCACUGUACUGAGAGAGAUGUCAUGAGAACUGGAAUGAGGCGCCCCGCGGCUCCAGAGCGCGGGCCCCGGAGAUGUCACUGAGAGCCGAAAGCCAUGCAGCCACAUCGACGCUGAAGAAGAUCGCUGCAGACAUGAGCAACAUCAUCGAGAGCCUGGACACCAGGGAGCUCCACGUGGAGGGGGAGGAGGUCGACUCAGAGGUGCUAAAUGACCCGAAAGGCACUGCGUGCAUUCCCUUCUCUGCCAUCUAUCACACCCAUGGGUUCAAGGAGCCGGGCACGCAGACGUACCUCACGGGAUGUCCUAUCCGAGUGCGUGUGUUGGAAGUUGAGCGCUUCACUUCCACUAAGAAGGUACCAAGCCCCAACGUUUACACCAUUGAGCUGACCCAUGGAGAGUUCACCUGGCAGGUGAAAAGGAAGUUCAAGCACUUCCAGGAGCUUCACAGGGAGCUGCUGAGAUACAAAGCCUUCGUGCGCAUCCCUAUCCCUACCAGGAGUCACACGGUGAGAAGACAAUCCAUCAAAAGGGGAGAGCCGAGGCAGAUGCCGAGUCUGCCACACACCGCGGAGAGCACGGUGCGGGAGGAGCACUUCUCCAGCAGGAGGAAACAGCUGGAGGACUACUUGUCAAAUAUCCUGAAAAUGCCAAUGUACAAGAACUACCAUGGAACAAUGGAGUUCGUUGGAGUAAGCCAGCUGUCAUUCAUCCACGACCUGGGACCGAAGGGCAUAGAAGGAUUCAUCAUGAAGCGCUCGGGAGGCCACCGCAUCCCUGGCCUGAACUGCUGCGGCCAAGGGAGGAUGUGCUACCGCUGGUCCAAAAGGUGGCUGGUGGUGAAGGACUCGUUCCUGAUGUACAUGAAGCCCGACUCGGGGGCCAUUUCCUUUGUCCUGCUGGUCGAUAAGGAGUUCAACAUCAAGAUAGGCCAGAAAGAAACAGAAACUAAAUAUGGGUUGCAGAUCGACAAUCUCUCUAGGUCGCUGAUUUUGAAGUGUAACAGCUACAGACAUGCCCAGUGGUGGAGGCAGGGCAUAGACGAGUUCAUUCGGAAGCACGGCAAGGACUUCCUCACGGAGCAUCGCUUCGGCUCGUACGCGGCCGUGCAGGAGAACACGCUGGCCAAGUGGUAUGUAAAUGCGAAGUGGUACUUUGAGGAUGUCGCCAAUGCCAUGGAAGCUGCUAAGGAGGAGAUUUUCAUCACAGAUUGGUGGCUGAGCCCAGAAAUCUUCAUGAAACGACCGGUUGUGGAAGGAAAUCGCUGGCGGCUGGACUGCAUCCUCAAGAGGAAGGCACAACAAGGAGUGAGAAUUUUUGUUAUGCUGUACAAAGAGGUGGAGCUUGCCCUGGGGAUCAACAGUGAAUACAGCAAGCGGACGCUCAUGCGCCUCCAUCCAAACAUCAAGGUGAUGAGACACCCAGACCACGUGUCCUCCUCCGUGUACCUCUGGGCCCACCACGAGAAGCUGGUCAUCGUGGACCAGUCGGUGGCGUUUGUGGGCGGCAUCGACCUGGCGUACGGCCGGUGGGACGACGACGAGCACCGUCUGACCGACGUGGGCAGCGUGAAACGAAUGACGGCCGUGAAGUCGGUGUCCACGGCCAACCUGGCAUCUGCAGCGGAGUUGUCUGAGCGUGUCCCACUGCAGUCUCAAACUCUGUCCCCAGAAAGCCACAUGUUUGAGAAGAACACUGAUGAUGCCCCAGACAUAUCAAAAAUGAAAGGAGUAGGAAAAUCCAGAAAGUUUUCAAGGUUCAGUAUUUACAAGCAUCUCCACAAACACGGCAUGCACCAUGCUGACAGCGUCAGCAGCAUCGACAGUGACUCAAGUUUCCCUAACCCCACUAGGAGUCAACCGAAUAUAAUCCAGAGUUUAAGGCCCCACCUGAAAAUGUUCCAUCACCACAGUGAAUCCAAACAGGGGCUCGCUGAGCCUCGGGAGGAUAAAGGAUCCAUCCGCAGCCUGAAGACAGGUGUUGGUGAACUGCUUGGAGAAACCAGGUUCUGGCAUGGAAAAGACUAUUGCAACUUUGUCUUUAAAGACUGGGUUCAACUUGACAAGCCUUUUGCUGACUUCAUUGACAGAUACACCACCCCAAGGAUGCCCUGGCACGACAUCUCCUCUGUGGUGCAUGGCAAAGCUGCUCGUGACAUCGCCCGGCACUUCAUCCAGCGCUGGAACUUCACCAAGAUUAUGAAGCCCAAAUACCGAUCCCUGUCCUACCCAUUCCUGUUGCCAAAAUCUCAGCAAACUGCUAAUGAGUUGAAGUAUCAGGUGCCUGAUGCUGUUCCUGCCACAGUCCAGGUGAUCCGCUCUGCUGCUGACUGGUCAGCUGGCAUCAAAUACCACGAGGAGUCCAUCCACAAAGCCUACAUCAGCGUGAUAGAGAACAGCAAGCACUACAUCUACAUAGAAAACCAGUUUUUUAUUAGCUGUGCUGAUGACAAAGUUGUCUGGAACAAGAUCGGCGAUGCAAUUGCUCAGAGGAUUCUUAAAGCUCACAGGGAAAACAAGCGUUUCCGGGUGUACGUGGUGAUCCCGCUGCUGCCUGGCUUUGAAGGAGACAUUUCAACCGGCGGGGGGAAUGCGCUGCAGGCCAUCAUGCACUUCAACUACAGGACCAUGUGCCGAGGAGAAAACUCGAUCCUGGCUCAGCUGAAGGCAGAGGGUGUUGGAGAUAAGUGGAUAAACUACAUAUCAUUCUGUGGACUUCGAACAUAUGCAGAGCUGGAAGGAAAGCUUGUCACGGAGCUCAUCUAUGUGCACAGCAAACUGCUCAUUGCUGAUGACAACACGGUUAUAAUCGGCUCUGCCAACAUCAACGACCGCAGCAUGCUGGGGAAGCGGGACAGCGAGAUGGCCAUCAUCGUGCAGGACACGGAGACCGUCCCUUCCGUGAUGGACGGCGAGGAAUACAGCGCUGGGAAGUUUGCCCAGUCCCUGCGGCUGCGCUGCUUCAGGGUUGUCCUUGGCGGCUCCGAUCUCAAUCCGGAACACCAGGAUCCCGUCUGUGACAAAUUCUUCAAGGAGGUGUGGAUUGCCACGGCAGCUCGCAAUGCCACCAUCUUUGACAAGGUGUUUCGAUGCCUUCCCAGUGACCAGGUGAAUAACUUAACCCAACUGCGCGAUUUCAUCAGCAAGCCCAAAUUAGCAAAUGAUGAUCCUGCAAAAGCAGUGGAAGAAUUAAAAAAGAUUCGUGGGUUUUUAGUACAAUUCCCCUUUCGUUUCCUGGAGGAAGAGUACUUGCUUCCCUCCGUCGGAACAAAGGAGUCCAUGGUACCCAUGGAGGUUUGGACUUAAGAAGAUGCAGACUGGUUUUCCUAUUAAAGUCUUGUUCUCAGGAGAGCUGAUGAACAGUAUGGGAUUUCAGGAAGCUUUUUAUUGCAAAAAACAUCUCCACCAAGCUAAGGUGCCUUUCUUAGGGAUUUUGGUGGAGGAACAUGAAGCAAAUCGACGCUAGCAGAAGCAGAAAGACUUGGAGAUGAUGGCAAAUGAGAAGUUUACCCUCUGGAGGAGUUACUUCUUCAGGCACGUUCUGAGCAUCUAAAGGACACAGGCCACUUUCUAGGACAGGAACUCAAUCCCAAUCGAUGUUGUUACCACUGCCAGCUGUAUCCUGUGGUUGCAAACGUACUGUGAUCGUGCUGUGGAUGCGCAGGAGUCGUGGGCUCUGUGUGCUUUUAAGGCUUUUGGGUGUCUGCACCGUGGCUCACUGGAGUCCCCCCAUCUCACCCCUUUCACACGCUGUCAGAGCAUGUUGUGCAGCCCUGGCGCUGUUGGGAAGUGCCAUUUGCUGCUGCCUUGGGCCGUCCUACAGCUUUCCAAGUGUGGGUGUUUCCCUCCUUAAAUGGGAACAGACUAACAAUCUUGUGUCCGAAUCAGCAUUUCGGUCUCUUCUUCCCUUUGGGAGAAAAAAACCCCUUUUCCUAUCAUAGCUGGAGCAAUCAGCAGCCCUCAGGCUUGGCAAAGGGCAGUCUCGAUGGAGCCAGAGGUGCUGGAAAUCAGUGGAAUUUACUGGCCUUUGCAGACACACAGCACGUCAGUUUGGUCCCACUGUGAGUGACAGCUUUCCUGAGGAGAGGAUCAAGGUUCCAGCUCAAUCCUGAGGUCUCUGGAGCCAAAAGGAAAGCAAGGCACUGUGUGGAAUGGGACAGAAACUUGAAAGCUGGUGUGGGACAAACCAAACUCUGCACUCGGGGCCCUCCGUUCAUGCAUUUUUCUGGCAGUUCAUGAUAGAUUUUCAUUUCCAUCCCUUUCCUCCCUAUUUAGAAGAAGAGAAAGGCCAUUAAGCUGACACCACGCUCAAACUGAGCUGACGAGGUUUGUAGAUGGGGUGAAUGCAGGGGGAAGGGGAGCAGUUGGCAAAGCCUUGUCUCUGCUCUGCUUUGCUAUUAGACCAGCCACAGUCUCGAGCUCAGUCACGCAGGACGUGUCUUCCCAAGCAGAGGUAAAACUCAUCAUGCCCAGUCCUGUUCUCCAUUGCUGUAAGAUGGUUUCCAAAGCUCUUUUGCAUCUCCCUGUGCAGCUCAACAGCAGUUCAGUACAGCAUCCCUGGGACAAACACUACUGUUCCUGGGUUAGGACCUCGUGUGGUGGGCACCAUCCCAGCCCUUAUCUCUAUCCCCCAUCCUGCAAUGAGCCGUGUCUCCUGAUUUCAUGUCCACCUCCAACUAGAGGUGUUCCUGGCAGUCAGCAGUGCUGUGUCAAAUGCUGAGAGAACAUGAGAAACACCUAAGGAGACCUGGAGGAUUGUGAGGCUGAGCUCCUCUGCUGCCCCUGCAUCCAGGGAUCCCUUCCCUAGCUGGGUUAUACCUGUGCCCAGCACUCAGACAAAAGGCCAGGUGAAGCAAUGUUCACAGGCAAGUUUAUUUUUAACUUUUCUGGCUCUUCCAAUAGUCUCACCUGUUUUUAACUGGAAAAGAAUCCCAACAUUCGCCUACCUAUCCCCAAAACAUAGCUGGCAUCACAUUUUAGCUGAUUCCCUCGUGUGUUCAGACCUGUAAAGAGGCACCUGCUAAUUCUGUACCUGCUGCAUCACCCGAGUAAGGAACAACCCCAGACGUUCUUCCAGGGCAGCCAAGUCUCAGCCCCUUCCUUCAGUUUCCCUGUUUUAUACUUGUGUUCUGUAGGUGCAGUUGCCUGUUAUACUCCUUUUUCGUUGGUCCAUCUGUGGUCUGGUUCACCUGUUGGAAGUGUAUGUGCAGCAUUCUAUGUGAUGAACUUGAGUCCAGGGGGUUGAUGCUUUUACCUGGCACGCUGUAAGCACAGAAUUAUGUUCCCUUGAUUUUUUUCUCUUAAAAAUACUGACCUGGGGUCACCCCCUGGAGAGCCAGAGCAAUAUGUGCCCUGACCAUUUGUGAUCAAGAAAGAUCAAAGGUGUCUUGUUAUUUCACAUCAGGUUUGGAGCUUUUCUCUCCUGAUGUUUUUAGCUGUUUUAGUUUGAACAAAGCUGCUGACUUCAAACAAUUACAGCCUGUCAGAGAGUCCUUGUCAGUCACACAGAUCUGUGUUCAGAGCCAAGAAGAAAGCAUUCAACCCUGCCACCCGUACACUGAACUUUAAAGUGUAAGACUCCUGUCAUCUUCCAAGUGCUCUUAUUGUACCCGUCCUCACGUGAGCAAACCACUUUUUGUAAUUGUUAAAUUAUCUUUACAUUGUCUUUUAAAGUGGUAGGUAGCUAAUUAUUAGGGCUUCCUAACUUCAGGGGUGUUAAGUUCCCCCCUCUGCCAGGCUGCUGUUGGGAAAAAACCACCCAGGUUCUGCAACACUCAGCCCCCCAUGUGAUGGCUGCUGGUCCCCAGUGACACAGCAGAGCCAUGGAGGGAGAUUUAACUGACUGAUUCUGUGUGGAAAGGUGCUAAUUAAGAAGGUCUUUUAUUACUGAGGUAGCAGACAGCCUGACAUUGGCUCUCUGUCUAAGAGGAGGCUUCCCUUUCUAGGAACAGAGGUGCCAUGCUGAGCAUCCCUUUCCUGCGCCCUGUUGGUGCUAAAUUCCUGAUACUGGGAGUUUAGUAACAUUCAAAUGCAAGCAGGGUGUGCACAGCAGCCCCAGCAUGGAGCAGAGUGCCCAACAUCCCUAGGGGCUCGUGGGGCCACCAAAUCCCCCAUGGAUGCAGCACUGCUCGCCCCAAACAGAGGAUGGGGCUGGAGCCAUUCCCGGGGAAACCCCACUCAUUCACACCACGAGCUGUGCUGUCCUGAGCUGGCUCCGUGGGUCCUGUCAGCUACAGGUUUGUUUCUUAUAUUAAGAAGCCUGUGAGGUUCAACACCUUGAGAGAGUUGGUUUCUGCACCUGAACAAUCACUACUUUAGUCCAUCCAUACCAGCGUGGGCUCAACACCUUCAAACCAGAGAGGGUCACCCACAGAUACCCAGUGCUGUAACAAGUGCUGUGGAUUCUAGCACUAGCAACCCCAGAAACAUCAGCUGUUUCUUGUGGCAUUUAUUUGUUAGAACUAUAGGAAAUGAGAAUUUCUUCCAGGCUCAGACUUUAUUUUGUAGUUCAGCCCUAGUAGAAUGCUUCUUUCCCCUUUAAUUUAUUCUUUAACAUGUGCCACUUUGAGAAUUCACACUCCUUUCCUUAUUUUUUUAAUGGUCUGAUAUUUUAAAGUACAUGUUUUGUUGUAUAGAUGUUGGACUGGAUAAAUGUUUCACUGUAAAGUUAAUGCAUGGUUUAAAAAAUGAGGGAUAAAAUGUCAUCAUAUGCAAGAACUGUACUAAAAAAUAAUUUGUAGGAGAACCACUCCAGUGCUCCAUGGCAGUUGCAAGGUGCUGGGCUCAGUUUCUGGUGUCUUGGUCUCAGUUUGUCCCCUGACUUGGUGUGAGCUUUGCUGGAUUAAACCCCCAAUGCUCCCCUUUUCCUGUCUUUUGAUCAGGUUUCACAACGUGAUUUUGCAGUCCUGGUGCUGUCCCUGGGAGGACCUCGGUGCAGGUGUUGCCUACCUGGGACCCUGCCAUGAAUAAUUUACAAUAUCUUUAUUCCUUCCAAGGGAACAUCCCCGUACAAUCAAGCCCAGAUGUGGUUUGCUGUUGUUAUUUCAGCGUAACGAGUCUUGUGCACUUGUCAGGGGGUUGUGUCUGGGCACAGAGCUGCAUGUGUGGAGACACUGAUAUGUAAGUCUGAGCAGUCCUGUAGGAUAAUGCCAUUUCCCUCUCCUGCAGAAUGUAGAGACCCAAAUCCAUGCUGGUCUAAGCUGACACCUCUCCACCAGCAGCAGAGCCUUUCAUGGUGGGAUGCUGUGGUGGCCAAGGGGAGGAAAACCAGUGGUCUCCAGACCAGGACAUGGGCAGAGGUUGGCAUCUCUUGGGUGCCCCACAAGAUGUCAAUGCACUGUCACAGUUUGUGCCACUCGUACUGCAGAUGGUUUCAAACAAGCAAUGCUCUCUGCACUGCUGAGAUCCUGCUGAAACCAGGAGCUUUGCAGAAUCCCAGUCUAAACCGGGAGCAUAAUGUCAUGGCGGCGAAUCAAGGCCAGCAUGUAAAUCCUAGUGUAUCGAAGUGGAGCAGCCCCACCAACUGUACAUCGACCACUGAAUGCAAUGAUCCUCUUGGGGCAUCACUUUUUUUUCCUAUUUUCUUUUCCCUACCUGCUUUCUGUUGUAUUUUCCAGUAUUUGUGAUUAUUCUAUUUUUAACCUUCCAGUGUCUUUCCAUAAAAUCUCCACGUAAAUAAUUCCAUCUUUCCCUAGUCUUGACACCAGGGAAAUGACAAAAAGUGUCAAAGUCAGUUUUGGAAUGUUGUUGUUUUGUUUUGUUUUUUAAAUCGUGUCUCUAGCUACCCUAAUCCACACAAGGAGAGCUUCCACUUGGGGUGUGAGCGCAGGUCUCCGUGCGUCCCUCCCUUCCGACAGUGCCGCUUUGACACUGAAUAUCCCUUCUGUGAAGGCUGCUGGAAUUGAGUUUUGUACCCUUGUUCCUGCUAAUGAUCGCUUUCCUUUCCACUCCAUUUGUAUCUGGUAAAUGAAUGUGUAUUAAUGGACUGAAAAUACAACCGAGCAUCAUGUUGGAA